AUGCGCAUCACCGGAACCACUGCCCAGACGGCCUUCCUCCUCGCCCUCACCGUGUUCGGCGCCAUCGUCCUCGGGCUGAACGGAUCCCUUCUGGGCGAGUUAUCUUCCCACCUGAGCCUCUACAACAGCCCCGAAUACCCUCAUCGCCGGUCCCUCAGCCCUACCUUGGCGGGGUACACGCCGCCGCUCGUGGCGCGACUGGCCGGCGAGUCCAACCUGCACAGGCGCAAGAAAGGUGGUGGUGGCGAUAGUGGUAGCAGUGGAAGCGGACCCAACUUCCACGUCCCGGGAGGGAGUAGCAGCGGGAGCAGCUCAUCAUGUCCACCCGGGGCCAUGUGCAGCAUGAUGGUGUACUUCAAGAACAUCAUCCCAGGCUACAUCGUGGUUGAGGUAUGGUCCGGCCUGGUGGUCCUGUACGCAAUCUUGCAGUACGUCUGCGCGCUGCGCCUCUCGCUGACACCCAGCCUGGUCACAUCGCGCAUCCCGCGUCUCUCAUCACUCAUGUCCGUCAACACAGACCAUGUGGCUCACGCUAUCCUCCUUGCCCUCGGCGUUGGGGGCGCUGCUGCGUUAUCCGCGGGAUUGGCCGCAGAUGUCCGCGAAUGGAGGUUAUGGAUUCUGUACACCAACCCCGCGAUGGUGUACGCAAACCUCGCGAUGGCGUGGAUCCUCUGGGCGAUCCUCUUCGCCCUCGCAGUCUUCGAGGUCAUCUACGUGCGCCGUUUCUUCCCUGGGGCUGCGAACCGCAGGAAGAGCCUCCGCGCGCUUGACUCCCAGGCUCGCUCCACCCCGGGCAGCGUAGAUGACAUUGAAACCAAGACGUCUAGCUGA